AUGAUGAAUAUUAGUGAAAACGGUAGCCAUCCACGUCUACAAGGUGUAACAUCGGUUUCUUUCCACGUCAGUGUGUGGACGCUAUCUCUUUUGGGAAUUAUCGGCAACACUCUAGUCAUCAUCUGGCGUUGUUCUCGGAGGAAAGAGUCACGCUUUCAUCUCGUGUCUCUCUUGAUUGUCAACCUCGCAUUUUCGGACAUUCUCUUUUGCACUCAGUUUGUGUUGCGAGAAGUGAUGCUCGUCCGCCCUAUUUUUAAUCACUGCGACAACGUCAGUUACCCAUUUACCGAAACAGAUUCCACCAUGUGUAUCACAAGCUUUUUUCUCGUGUGUCUCUCUUGCAACUGCAUCGUCCUAGCGACUGUAGCAAUCGCGCUACACACGUUCUUGUCCGUUGACGAAAGGCGUUGGACGAAACCGAUAGUUGUGACGGUUGUGGCUGCAGGAUGGAUAUUUUCGUUGAUCUUCUCAAGUGUAGCUAGUCAACAACUGGCUAAAGACCUCAACGUUUACUACAUGAUACCAGACAAAUCUGCAAAAAUAUUUUCUUUGAUUGUCGUUUAUAGAUGUUUUGGCGAUAGAAGAAGACUCUUUCCGGUCAUCAUUACUCUCUUGACUGUGAUAUCUUCUAUGAUAUGCUGCUUUCUAUACAUCGGAUUCUGCAUCAAGUUUCGACGAUUAAGCAACAGAUUGGGAGGUAAUGAAAUGCGAGAAAGACACGCGAGAAGUUUCAUUGCCUUGCAGAUCCGCUUUGCUUUCGUAGUUGUGCUCAACCUAGCGUGCUGGGUGCCAGCUUGUGCUUUAUACUGGGACUCUUACUUCAACAAUCGUACGGUGUUCAAAGGAAAUUUCGACCCCAAAGUACCAGAGCCUGCGUUCCUAAUUGCUAUCAUUGUGAGCGCUGCUAAUCCAAUAAUUUACACUAUGUCGUGUGACCCGUGCAUCAAGUUACUCAAGUGGUUGUUCAAUUUCACUCGUCAUUCUGAAAACGAACAACGACAACUAUUAUUGCAUUAG